GCAGCCUGCUUUCCUCCCCUUUCCUUUUCCUGAAAGAGAGAGAGAGAGAAGCAUCUCCUCACUCUAGUCGCCGCUCCUCCCUCUCCUCCGUCUCCUGCCGCAACCUGCCCCUCCUGCCCGCCGCCGGCCACCUCAGGGGCGGGCUACCCCCGCCGCGUGUCCGUCCUUCUCCUCCUGGGCGCUUCCCGCUGGGUGGUCGCCUAGGAUUUACCCCCGCUCUGUUCCCCCUUUCGGGGGACGCCUUGAGAGGCGGGGGCGGGUCCUUGUUCCGGGAGGCGACGGCGACGGCAGUCGCGGCGGCGAGUGAUUUUCGGUCGCCAAAGGGGGGAGAGUUUCUUUUUUUUUUAAUUUUUUUUCCACCGGGGUUUGGUGGGGGCAACGAAGGAGGCGGCCGCGAGUGUGCGAGACGUUCAUGGGUUAGAUCUGGCGGACCGGCGGCGCGGAUCUGAGCGAGGUUCCGGUGGAGGGAUCGGGUGGUGGUCACUAUCUUCGCCUCAUUUCGAGUAGUUUCGGGGCGUCGCAGGGCCAAAUCGGGUAUGGAUGACGGAUGCGGCUACUGUCGGAAGGAGCGAUGCCUGCAGAUCUGAAAGUCACCCGGUUUCCUUGCCCAGUUGACCUGACUGAACGGCAUGGCUUUCCGCUGUUUGACUGUCAUUACUUCCUUUUCCGUGUCUGAUCAAGAAAUUUAGCACGAGUGUGAUGUGCUCAGAGGGCGUCUAGUUGUCGCUGGGAUCUUGUCGACUUGCCCUGUGUUGUUGAAUAACCCGGAGGAAGCUGGAAAGGAGCGGAUCACAUCUCCAUUUCGUGUCCUGCUCUUGUUGACUUCUUGGUCUCUCUUCGAUAUCCUGGAGGCUGGAAGGGGUCAGAUCCAGUUCCUGCGGCCCUAGUAAUAAGGUGCUUCUGGGGGAAGGCGCCAUGACCUACUUCCCUGAGGAGGUGGUGGAGCACAUUUUCAGCUUCUUGCCAUCGCACAGCGACCGGAACACGGUCUCCCUCGUGUGCAAGGUGUGGUAUGAGGUCGAGAGGCUGAGCCGACGAGCUGUGUUCGUGGGGAACUGCUACGCUGUGCGCCCCGAGCGUGUGGUGCUGCGGUUCCCCAAUGUGAAGGCGCUCACGGUGAAGGGGAAGCCUCACUUUGCGGACUUCAACCUUGUGCCGCCUGACUGGGGUGGCUACGCGGGGCCAUGGAUCGAAGCAGCAGCGAGGAGCUGCGUGGGUCUUGAGGAGCUGCGCAUGAAGCGGAUGGUUGUGUCUGACGAGAACCUUGAGCUGCUAGCUCGGUCAUUCCCAAGAUUCAAAGUCCUCGUUCUUAUCAGCUGCGAGGGGUUUAGCACUGAUGGUCUAGCUGCUGUUGCGAGUCACUGCAAGCUCCUGAGGGAGUUAGAUUUGCAGGAAAAUGACGUGGAGGACCGUGGGCCCAGAUGGCUUUCCUUCUUCCCUGAUUCCUGCACUUCUCUGGUCUCCUUGAAUUUCGCCUGCAUCAAAGGGGAGGUGAACUCUGGUGCAUUGGAGAGACUUGUCGCUAGGUCUCCGAACCUACGCAGUUUAAGGUUGAAUCGUUCUGUUUCAGUAGACACGCUCUCAAAGAUACUAGCGCGAACCCCAAAUUUGGAAGACUUGGGGACAGGUAAUUUGACAGAUGAGUUCCAAGCUGAGUCCUACGCCAGGCUUACCAGUGCUCUGGAGAAAUGCAAAAUGCUAAGAAGUUUGUCUGGAUUUUGGGAUGCUUCUCCUAUCUGUGUUCCAUAUAUCUAUCCCCUCUGUCAUCAACUAACAGGCCUAAACUUGAGCUAUACUCCUACACUGGAUUAUUCUGAUCUGACUAAAAUGGUUAGCCGCUGUGUGAAACUCCAGCGUCUUUGGGUAUUGGACUGCAUUUCGGAUAAGGGUUUGCAAGUGGUGGCCUCCAGUUGCAAGGAUCUACAAGAACUCAGGGUGUUUCCAUCAGAUUUUUAUGUUGCUGGUGCUUCGGCGGUGACAGAGGAGGGACUUGUUGCAAUAUCAUCAGGCUGCCCAAAACUAAGCUCUUUGCUGUAUUUCUGUCACCAGAUGACCAAUGAAGCACUAAUUACUGUAGCUAAGAACUGCCCAAAUUUCAUCAGAUUUAGACUCUGUAUCCUUGAGCCAAAGAAGCCGGAUGCCAUGACAGGCCAGCCGUUAGAUGAAGGCUUUGGUGCAAUUGUCCGUGAGUGCAAAGGGCUAAGACGACUGUCAAUGUCAGGUCUUCUCACAGACAGGGUUUUCAUGUAUAUUGGAAAGUAUGCAAAAUACCUUGAGAUGCUUUCUAUAGCAUUUGCUGGAGAUAGUGAUAAGGGUAUGAUGGACGUGAUGAACGGAUGUAAGAAUCUGAGGAAGCUUGAGAUUAGAGACAGUCCAUUUGGUGAUGUUGCACUCUUGGGAAAUGUUGCCAAGUAUGAGACAAUGCGAUCCCUUUGGAUGUCAUCAUGUGAUGUCACAUUAAAGGGGUGCCAAGUCCUUGCAUCGAAGAUGCCGAUGCUCAAUGUGGAGAUCAUGAAUGAACUAGAUGGAAGUAGUGAAAUGGAGGAGAACCACACAGACAUCUCUAAAGUGGAUAAGUUACAUGUUAGUGAAAUGGAGGAGAACCACACAGACCUCUCUAAAGUGGAUAAGUUAUAUGUUUACCGCACAACUGCUGGAGCGAGGGAUGAUGCACCAAAUUUUGUUAAAAUCUUAUAGAGCUAUCUGCGACUACCCUGGUAUCUUCCCACCCUAAGAGAUGGUCGGUGGAAUCCGGCAUGCCUGGGACCGGGGCAACAGUGGUAAGUUCUUGAAUCGUCUCCCCUUUGCAGGGUCAGGAAAAGCCCCACUGGUGUGUGCCCUUAUCUUGGAGCAACAUGGCUGGAUCCAUCAUCAUCCUCUGUACCACCGCCCACUCUUUCAGUGUCUGGUCAUAUGGCCACCCAGGCCCUUUAUCCCCCUGUGCAUUCUCACUCGAGAGGAGAGGACAGAACCAGAUGACUUUUUCUCCUUUUUCUCGCCAUGUAAUCUGUAGUGUACCUGUCUCCAUUUGCUUGACAUUGGCACGGUGGCUUGUGUUGCUGCCGCUGCUGUUGUAGUGUUUUGUUUCGCAAACCUGAGAAUUAUUAUCGGGACAUUCCGGGGACGAUGAUUUGUUUCUUGCUCCUGUGAAUGCAGUGCGUGGAAUAAUUUGAUGUUUAUCUGCGAGAUGCUGGUUA